CUCCACACGGCGUCUCUCCGCGGCCAUGGUAACAGCACGGUCUAACGGACUACUGCAGACAACAACAGAAACAAGUACUUCUCUUUGAGACAGUUCCAGCACAGAAACAUUGUCCUCCAUUUAAGAUGAACCUGGCAGAGAUCUGUGACAACGCUAAGAAGGGCAGAGAGUAUGCUCUGCUGGGGAACUAUGACUCCUCUUUGGUCUACUACCAGGGAGUGAUCCAGCAGAUACAUAAACACGGCCAAGCCCUCAGAGACCCUGCACUCAAAGUCAAGUGGCAACAGGUGAGACAGGAGUUGUUGGAGGAGUAUGAGCAGGUGAAAGGCAUUGUGGGAACUCUGGAGAGUUUUAAGGUGGACAAGCCAGCUGACUUCCCCGUCCCUCAGUCUGAGGAGGGGCCCAGAGACCCUGCAGUGUGGCCCCCACCCACACCUGCAGAGCACAGGGCCCCUACUGCAGUGAAGCGUCCUAACAGUGGGGUGAAACCCCAGCAGAGGAAGGACUCUCCAGGUAUGCAGCCCAGAGGGGCUCCGGGAGGGAGGGGCCAGACCAACCCUAAAACAGACCGCCCCGCCCCCAGGGAUGCCCCCCGAGGCACCAAGGUCAGAGACGACAAGGGUAAAAAGGCUGUAGCAGAGGGAGCAGGGGAUGGAGAGCUGAAGAAGUUUGAUGGUUCGGGGUACGACAGUGACUUAGUGGAGGCACUGGAGAGAGACAUCGUCUCCCGCAACCCCAACAUACACUGGGGGGACAUUGCUGACCUGGAAGAUGCUAAGAAGCUGCUGAGAGAAGCGGUGGUUCUGCCCAUGUGGAUGCCAGACUUCUUCAAGGGUAUACGCCGACCCUGGAAGGGUGUGUUGAUGGUGGGCCCACCAGGGACAGGAAAGACCAUGCUGGCUAAAGCCGUGGCUACAGAGUGUGGCACCACCUUCUUCAACGUAUCCUCCUCCACACUCACCUCCAAAUACAGAGGAGAGUCUGAGAAACUGGUUCGCCUGCUCUUUGAGAUGGCGAGGUUCUAUGCCCCGACCACCAUCUUCAUAGAUGAGAUAGACUCCAUUUGUGGGAGUCGGGGGAAGUCGGACGAACACGAAGCCAGCCGCAGAGUCAAGUCAGAAAUACUGGUACAGAUGGACGGUGUGGGGGGAGCUUCAGAGAAUGACGAUCCCUCUAAGAUGGUGAUGGUUCUGGCUGCUACUAACUUCCCCUGGGACAUUGACGAGGCACUACGGAGACGACUGGAGAAGAGAAUCUACAUCCCACUGCCUACAGCUGUGGGUCGUGCUGAACUGCUGGGGAUCAGUCUAAAGGAGGUGGAUGUGGCUGAUGAUGUGGACCUGGCUCUCAUCGCUGACAAGAUAGACGGAUACUCUGGAGCUGACAUCACCAACGUCUGCAGAGAUGCGUCUAUGAUGGCUAUGCGCCGGCGUAUCCAGGGCCUCUCUCCAGAGGAGAUCAGAGCUCUGUCUAAAGAAGAGCUUCAGAUGCCUGUCACCAUGGACGACUUCACAAUCACCUUGAAGAAGAUCUCCAAGUCGGUCUCCGCUGCCGACUUGGAGAAGUACCAGGCCUGGAUGGAGGAGUUUGGAUCUGUCUAGAGAGAGGACACAGCAUCAGGAGUGGAAGAAAGGACUGUAAGAGCAGAGUGGGAAAGGACCAGUGGGGAGGACCAGUGGGGAUUGGAGAGGGAGAGGACCAGUGGAGAGGACCAGUGGGGAUUGGAGGGGGAGAGGACCAGUGGAGAGGACCAGUGGGGAUUGGAGAGGGAGAGGACCAGUGGGGAUUGGAGAGGGAGAGGACCAGUGGGGAUUGGAGGGGGAGAGGACCAGUGGAGAGGACCAGUGGGGAUUGGAGGGGGAGAGGACCAGUGGGGAUUGGAGAGGGAGAGGACCAGUGGGGAUUGGAGAGGGAGAGGACCAGUGGGGAUUGGAGAGGGAGAGGACCAGGAGAAAGAGACAUGUAUGUGAACUGUAGAGGAACUAGAGGAGGUUGUGACUGGUGAAGAACUAGAGGACAAGAGUGUGAGCCAAGAGGAUGGAAGUGUGUAAAACGGAGACGAAUGGACUGGAGUGUUUGGCUGAGAUUUUAAAGGGUACAUCUCAAUAGUCUAAAGAUGUUUCCUCUCUUCGUCUCCUUCUCCUCGGCUCUUCAUCUCCUUGUCUUCCUCUGUAUCUGUUGGUCCAUUCAUCCCUCUCUCCCUCCACUCACUAUGCCUCUGUGUCUGGAGAUGGAGUCUAAAAUGGCAUCUAAAAUGGCACCCUAUACCCUAUAUAGUGCACUAGGGGUCAGGUCAAAAGUAGGGCACUAUAUAGGGAAUAGGGUGCCAUUUUGGAUGCCGUCUGUGAAACUCUUCACAGACGCCUUGGACUGAUACUUGAAUGGACACCUACAGACACUAACCACCACACACAUUCACCAGGAGAUGAACUGGAUCUGAACAGGUUGGUUGAAUGGUUCAGCUGUUUGUUUGACCACCUAGCUAUCACAGGUUCUGGAAAUGUAGAUAAUACACUGAACAAAAAUCUAAACGCAACACGCAACAAUUUCAAAGAUUUUACAGAGUUACAGUUCAUAUAAGGAAAUCAGUCCAUUUAAAUAAAUUCAUUAAGCCCUAGUACAUGGAUUUCACAUGACUGGGAAUACAGAUAGGCAUCACAGAUAUCUUAUUUUUUUUUCGAAAAUUAGGGGCGUGGAUCAGAACCAGUCAGUAUCUGGUGUGACCACCAUUUGCCUCAUGCAGCACGUCACAUCUCCUUUGCAUAGAGUUGACCAGGCUGUUGAUUGUGGCCUGUGGAAUGUUGUCCCACUCCUCUUCAAUAGCUAUGCGAUGUUGCUGGAUAUUAGCUGCAACUGGAACACGCUGUCGUACAUGUCAAUCCAGAGCAUCCCAAACAUGCUCAAUGGGUGAGAUGUCUGGUGAGUAUGCAGGCUACGGAAGAACUAGGACAUUUUCAGCCUCCAGAAAUUGUAUACAGAUCAUGCUGAAACAUGAGGUGAUGGCGGUGGAUGAAUGGCACGACAAUGAGCCUCAGGAUCUCAUCAUACCCAUGGGGCACUCUGUUCACAUCGUUGACAUCAGCAAACCGCUUGCCCACAGAACGCCAUACAUGUGGUCUGUGGUUGUGGGACCGCUUGGAUGUACUGCCAAAUCUCUAAAAUGACGUUGGAGGCAGCUUAUAGUAGAGAAAUGAACAUUAAAAUAAAAUAUCUAGCAACAGCUCUGGUGGACAUUCCUGCAGAAGCGUGCCAAUUGCACGCUCCCUCAAAAUCUGUGGCAUUGUGUUGUUAUAAAACUGCACAUUUUAGAGUGGCCUUUUAUUGUUCCCAGCACAAGGUGCACCUGUGUAAUGAUCAUGCUGUUAAAUCAGCUUCUUGAUAUGCCACACCUGUCAGGUGGAUGGAUUAUCUUGGCAAAGCAGAAAUGCUCACUAAAGGGAUGAAAACAAAGAGAGAGAAUAAGCUUUUCGUGCGUAUGGAAAAUUUUAGGGAUCUUUUUAUUUCAGCUCAUGAAACAUGGGACCAACACUUUACAUGUUGUGUUUAUAUUUUUGUUCAGUGUAGUUAGUAUAGCUACUGUAACUAGUAUACUAGUUAGUGUAGCUACUGUAACAAGUAUACUAGUUAGUCAUCACUGAUGAACACUACUCACACAGAUUUUAUCAUUGAUCACUAAACUGUUGGAUGUAAUGUGUGCUUAUAACCCAGUACCACAGAAAGAGUCAGUGUAGUAGUGUGUAGGUGAACAUGUGUGUGUGUGUGUCAUAUUUCAUCUGGAGACACUAACUAACCCUUCUUCAACUUAAGAGGCUCUACAUCUGGGGCGGUACUGAUUUAUUUUUAAGUUUUUAAACACUUCAUCUCAUUCCUUUUCUUUAGUCAUGUCAUUUUAAUUUAUAUGAAUUGUACGAAUGUUAUGAUUCACAUUCCUGAAUGUUUUAAGUGAAAAGGAAAAUGGAAUCUUGUCAUUGUGUUUUUAUUGUCUGAAGUUUUGGAAACACUGGAGAAGUAACAGAGCUGUAGUAUGGCUGUAUGUCUGAGUCCAAAAUUGGACCCUAUCGCCUAUGUACUGCUUUACAUAUGACUGGCUCCCAUCCCAUAGGGACAACAAGUAGUGCACUAUAUAGGGAAUACAGCCAUUUAGGACAGCGUCCUAUGGGUUUUUCAAGUAGGCCUAAGACCAAGUCUAGUACAGCACAGGUACAGAGUUGUGAAUUAGAGGAGCGAGGCUACCUCACUGUUUGGUGUUUUCACAUGUCAUUUGUCAUUGAUCGAAACGAGAAUAUUAAAGUGUUGACAGAU